AUGAUGAUUAUUAAGAUAUUUAGAAGUGAAAAAAUAUUAUUUGCACUCUCAAGUUACGUUGAAUAAAACAUUGGUAGAUUUUAUUUGGAAUCUCCAAACACAACUAUGGAAAUAUUAUAUAAUGACUCUGAUGUUACAACUCCUAUUAUAUUUGUACUAUCCUAAGGAGCAGAUCCAACAUCACAGAUAUUAAAAUUCGCAAAGGAAAGAAACUUUGAAGAAAACUUAGCUAUUAUCUCUUUGGGUCAAGGUUAAGGAAAGAUUGCAACCAAACAAAUUAAUGAUGCUACCACAACGGGAGGUUGGGUGUUAUUAUAAAAUUGUCAUUUGGCAAGGACAUUUAUGCCAGAUUUAGAAAAAUUGGUGGAUGAUAUUACAGCCAAGAAAUAAACAGUAAACCCUAGUUAUAGGUUGUUCUUAACUUCAAUGCCUGCUUCAUAUUUCCCUGUAAGUAUACUUCAAAAUGGAAUUAAAUUAACAACAGAACCACCUCGAGGUUUGAAGGCAAAUCUGAAGAGAUCUCUUUAAGAUAUUUCUAAUGAAUUCUUGGAUACUGCUGCUAAACCAGAGAUCUAUCAUAAAUUGGUUAUGGGAUUGUGCUAUUUCCAUGCCAUUAUUUAAGAAAGAAAGAAAUUCGGUCCUUUGGGAUGGAAUAUCAAAUAUGAAUUUAAUGAUAGUGAUCUUGAUACUUCAAAGACAGUCAUUAAGAUGCUUUUAGGCGAAAAUGACACUGUACCUUGGGAUGCCAUGUUGUAUGUCAGUGGUAAUAUCAACUAUGGAGGUAGAGUAACUGAUGAUUGGGAUAGAAGAUGUUUGAUGACCAUUUUGAGGAAAUUCAUAUGCAAUGAGGUCUUGGAUGAUAACUAUGUCUUUUGUGAAAAUAACAUAUACAGAAUACCUGAGAAAAAUGUAGUUGAAGAGUAUAUUAAAUAUGUUGAAUCUUUACCCAUGACUGAUGAUCCUGCAGUUUUUGGUAUGCAUGAAAAUGCCAAUAUUACAUUCCAAUAAAGAGAAAGCGACUCAAUCCUAGAAACUAUCUUGUCUAUAUAGCCAAGAGAAGGCGGAGGAUCAUCAGAAAAAACACCUGAUUAAAUAGUAUUAGAACUUGUCAAGAGUAUUUAAGAUGAUCUCCCUCCUCUCUUAAACAAAGAAGAAUCUAAUAAAGAAUUAUGGUAAAUUAAUCCAGAGAAAAAUCUAAUUCCCUCCUUGUCUACAGUUCUAUUGUAAGAAUUAGAGCGUUUUAACAUUUUACUCUCAACUAUGGGCAGAACAUUGUAAGGAUUGGCUUAAGCUAUUGAAGGUAUAGUGGUAAUGAGUCAAGAAUUGGAUAGCAUGUAUUAUUCACUAAUGAACAAUGAAGUUCCAAAGGUUUGGAAUAAAGUCGGAUAUUUGUCGUUGAAGGGUUUGGCAUCAUGGAUUAGAGACUUGAAAGAAAGAGUGAAGUUCAUGUCGGAAUGGCUUGUUACAGGAGGACCUAAUUGUUUCUGGAUAUCAGGGUUCUUUUAUCCUUAAGGAUUUUUAACUGGUGUUUUAUAAACUCAUGCUCGUAAGACAGCCAUAGCUAUUGACAACCUUGUUUUCUCAUUUAAAGUGUAGGAAUUUGAGAAGGAACAAUGUUCAAUCAAACCAGUUGAUGGUGUAUUUAUUUAUGGGCUGUUCUUAGAAGGGGCUCAAUGGAAGAAGAAAUGUCUGGCUGAUCUUAAUUUUGGUCAAAUGAGUAUGUUGAUGCCAGUGAUCCACUUCUUACCUUUACAAUAGGACAAAUAUUAAUCGAGAUCUGAUAAUUAUAGUUGUCCUGUUUACAAAACAUAAACUAGAGCUGGUGUGUUAUCCACUACAGGACAAAGUACAAAUUACGUUUUGGCUGUGGAUUUACCAACUUUAGAUUAACCUCCUGAUUAUUGGACAUUAAGAGGAACAGCACUUAUUUGUGCACUUAAAGAAUGA